AUCCUCGGCUUUAGCGUGAGAGUAGACCAUUUGUGCGCAGUGACUCAGCUCUUCAUUCCUGCCGGCUUUGCACUUAAGUCCUCGAUGUGGAUCUGUAGGAGACGGCGGACUUGUGUGGUGUGCGCUGCGGCGGUCUGGCCCUUGCAAAAUGCAUGCAAGAGCAUGUUGUCCUGAUCCUGCGUGACCCAGAAGAGAAGAGGCUUCUCUGGAAGUUUGUGAGCGUUUGAGAUGUCUCUGCACGAGUUCUUGCGGGAGAGCGGCGAGGCGUCCCAACGGAUCAUGGGCAGGCUCAGUCUUAUGAUACAGAACUUGGACAUCUCGGGACUUGGUUCUUCUUUUCCUUUCGGCCCUGGCAGCCGCAAGAAUUCCUGGAGGGACUGGGACGAUGAGAUCAUGCAACUGGACAGCAGUCCUCUGCGUGCCGCUGAUAUCACGCCUGAACUCAGGAAGCAGUUCGCUUUUCUUACAGGAGGCAGGGGAGACAACGGCAGCCCCAUCAUCGUGUUCCCGGAAUUCCCAGCUUUUGGCGAGAUCACAGACAGAGAGUUUCAUAACGUGCUCACCUACCUGACCAGUGUACCCAGUUUGCCAUCAACGGACGUGGGCUUCAUUCUUGUCAUCGAUCGCCGGCAGGACCGAUGGGCGGCCGUCAAAGGGACCCUGCUUCGGAUCGCGGGCUCAUUCCCUGGAAACCUCCAGCUGGUUCUGGUCCUGAGGCCCACCACCCUGUUCCAGCGCACGCUCUCCGACAUCCUCUUCAAGUUCAACAAAGAUGAGUUCAAGAUGAAAGUGCCAGUGAUCAUGCUGAGCUCAGUAAGUGAGCUUCACUCGUACAUUGACCACACACAGCUGACCCAUGAACUUGGGGGGACGCAGGUGUACUGUCACCAGAAGUGGAUCUCUCACCGCACGGCCAUCGAAGGAUUUGCGUUGAUGGUGAAGAAGACGGCCCAGGCCCUGCAGUCUUUUGGUGCUGAGCUGGCAGAAACAGAACUCCCCAAUGAGACCCAGGCCACCACCAUCCUGCUCAGUGCACACGGCAGCAAGAGAGACAAGAUGAAGGAUGAUCUGCUGGUGUCUCUGAGGCAUGGCAGAAGGCUGCUGGAGAGCAUUAACGAGCCUGUGAUGCAGAACCCCGACCACAACAUGAACCAAGACGAACUGGAGAACCUGGCAACAGUGCAGAGAUUGCUCUCUCAGGUGGACGAGACCGAAAUAGCUUUUGACGAAUUCUGGGGGAAGCACCGGUCCAAACUGGAGCAAUGUCUCCAGCUGCGUCACUUUGAGGACAACUACAAGGAGGUUAGAGUUCUGCUGGAUCAGGUGUUGGAGAAAGUGUCCACCUUCUCGGAGGUGGGCAUCAGCCCCGUCCACGCUGACCAUAUCUUAAGCGAGCUCACCACCUAUGAGGAGACAGUCAGUGAGGUCCUGGACAGAGCUCUGGCUUUGGCGCGAGAAGGUGACGACCUCAUCGAGAAGGCUCACUAUGCUCAGGAUUCUAUUCUGCCCAAAAGUAGCGAGCUCCGAGCGGUAGGACAGGUCCUGAGUGCCGACUUGAAGGCCAAGAAGGAGCAGCUGCUCAAAGCCCGAGAGCUGCAUGGCUGUUUAGAGAGGGCUUCAAAAUGGUGCGACGACGGUAUUUACCUUCUGGCGUCUCAGCCCGUGGACAAGUGUCAAUCACACGAGGGGGCAGAGUUAGCCCUGCAGGAGCUGGAGGGUUUCCUGGCCGAAGCAGACCAAGAACGAUUGUCGGAUCCUAGUAACAUCUGGAGAGAUUAUGAGGAAGUGCUCAACCAGCAGCUCAAGGACCAAGUGGAGAAGGUCUUCCAGAAGCAGACGUCCAUGCAAGAGAUGUUCGACAAGAGGAGGGUCAGCCUGAAUAAGUUGGCAGCCAAGCAGACCAGACCAGUGCAGCCAGUAGCCCCACGACCUGAAGCUUUCAUCAAAUCUCCCAUCAGCUCACCAGCGCAUAGAGGUAAACUGGAUCGGAGUGCCUCCGGGGGAAACACUGGAAGUUCUGAGAAAGGGGACGAACAGCUACAGAACGGACACGGUAACUGCAGACACGGCUCUCUGUCGGAAGAGGACGAGAAUUUGGCUGUGCUGAGGAGGCACGUCAUGAACGAGCUGCUGGAAACUGAGAGAGCUUACGUCGAGGAGCUGCUGUGUGUGUUACAGGGCUACGCCUCCGAGAUGGAUAACCUAGCAAUGGCGCACCUCAUCCCCGCUUCGUUGCAGAACAAAAAGGAAGUUCUGUUUGGCAACAUGCCUGAAAUCUACCACUUCCACAAGAGGACGUUUUUGAGGGAGCUGGAGCUGUACGCCGACUGUCCAGAAUUGGUUGGGAGAUGUUUCUUGGAAAGGAUGACAGACCUGCAGAUCUACGAGAAGUACUGCCACAACAAGCCCCGCUCCGAAAGCCUCUGGAGGCAGUGCUCCGACGCCGCCUUCUUCCAGGAGUGUCAGAAAAAGCUUGAGCAUAAACUGGGCUUAGAUUCAUACCUGCUGAAGCCUGUACAGAGAAUCACCAAAUACCAACUGCUGCUUAAGGAAAUGCUUAAAUACAGUAAAGGCUGUGAGGGGGCCGACGACUUGCAGGAGGCUCUGACGUCCAUCUUGGGUAUUCUUAAGGCUGUUAAUGACUCCAUGCACCUCAUCGCCAUUACAGGAUAUGAGGGGAACCUGGGUGACCUUGGCAAGCUGCUGAUGCAGGGUUCGUUCAGCGUGUGGACAGAGCACAAGAAAGGCCACGUCAAGGUCAAGGACCUGGCCCGUUUCAAGCCCAUGCAGAGGCACCUCUUCCUGCACGAGAAGGCCCUGCUCUUUUGCAAGAAGAGGGAGGAGAACGGGGAGGGCUACGAGAAAGCUCCCUCCUAUAGCUUCAAGCAGUCGCUCAGUAUGAACGCUGUGGGAAUUACCGAGAACGCCAAAGGAGGAGAUAAAAAGUUUGAAAUCUGGAGCAACUCCAGAGAAGAGGUCUUCAUUGUACAGGCCCUGACUGCUGAAGUGAAGACCACCUGGGUGAACGAGAUUAGGAAGGUUUUGACCACUCAGCUGGAGGCGUGCAGAGAGGCCAGCCAGCAGAGGGCGCCAGAUCAAUGUAUCCCAGGUCCCACUGUGACAAGUGGACCAGAGAACGUUAGCAGUCCUUUCAAAAUGCGCCAAAGGAGUCUGAAAAAAGGAGAACUCGAUGCCAAUUCCUCUCCUUCGCCAAAGUCAGUAGGAAAAGACGAGAGAGCCACAAGCCCUACCUCAGACAGAACCGCCAUGGCUAAAAAGCGCUUUACUUUACAGGGCUUCAGUAACCUCAAAACCCAGAAAGAGGCGCCAACCACAGAUGAUAAGAGUUUCACCUUACCCAUGACCACUCUGUUGUCAGCAGGAUCUCCAACUAGCCCCGAUCACAAGACCAAGCGCCAGAGCGACCCGACGCCUUUCGGCUUCAAAGGCUGGAACAAGACAUCUCUAUCGCUAGACGCCUCAGAGGAAAAUGAAGGCUACUCCAGUGGCGAAGAGCCUCUUAACUCAGACCCUGAGGACGACAACAGCAAGAAGCUGUGUGCUGGUAAAUACACUGUGACUGGCGACUAUGAGAAAGUUUCCACUCAAGACGUGGCAGUGAAAAGCGGAGACGUGGUGCAGCUGGUGAAAGAAGCGGAGGAUGGACAGUGGUUAGUGCGGAACCUGAACACAUCUAUGGAGGGCUGGAUGGCCACGGCUAAUCUGGUGACGCUCAUCGCCAAGUCCAAGUCGUGCCAGUCCCUCACCAGCUCAGAAGGCAGUGGAUCAGAACACCUCAGCACGUCGUCUAGUUCCAGCGAGACGUGCGCGCCGUUCUCCGACAGCAAAUCCUGAGCUGCCCACCGCCGCCUUCCUUCCUUCCUCCCUCAUGAACGUCUUGUGGCUGUCAGUGAUGUAUUUGUCAGCAUUGAAACCAGCAGAUUUCACCCACCCAAAGCCUCACACCCGUCCAAUGUGAGUAGCAGAGGAUACAUACCGAAAUGCAUUAUGUUUAUUUGGAUAACAUAAGAUGAAGUUAUAGAGGUAACGGGCCAGCAGGACUGAUCUCAGUUAUUAGUGUACAGUAUGGGGACCACCUGCAUCAAGUCACCCACAGUGAAAGCACAAUUUAAAACCUUUGAUAAUGGUUCUGACACAUUUUAUUUAUUUGUAAGGAAAAAACACGUACUUUAGUCAGAUUUACUUCUAAUAUCUUAUUUUUUUACUGUGUCCUUUCAGUAAAGUCAUUACUGUUAGAUAAUGAUGUUUUUGCCAUCAGCUUUCCAGACUCGUAUUUGUUUGUCUGUCAGGCUCCUCGGCUGUGUCAUCUGUUCACUACAAUCUACAAAAAAAAACCUGAAGAAAAUAUUGUUUAUAAUCAGAGAUGACUGUAUAGCGCUAUAACUUAUUCCAUUCAUGUUUUGAAUGUAGAUAUUGUUUAUUAAUGCCUGUCAUGAGAUGUUUAUUAUUGGAGCUGCUAUAUUGUACAUUAUGUAUGGUGAUGUCACUGCCUUGUGACUUUUUUAUAUAUAUACAGUAUAUAUAAGUAAAAAGAACUUGAUGAUAAUGCUGUCAUGUUUG